AUGAAUUUUAAGAUUGUGACUGCGACAAUUUUGGGCCUCGUUGCUUUGGGCCAAACUGCACCAACCGUUUAUACCAGUAACGCUACAGACGCAGAUGUUGAAUUUUCCGAUGACGUCGUUGCAUGGGGGAACCCAACAUUCCCAUCUAUUUACCAUACAUGCAAUGACACCGAUAUCAGGAUGAUCAAGAGCGCUUUCAUGGAUUCAUUGGAAGUUUCUGCGUACGCAAGAGAUAGAUUGCUCAAUUACGGUGCAGAUGACCUAUUUUUCAAUAGGUGGUUCGGGAACGGUAGUUUAACGACGGUUUUAGGUACCUUGGAUCAUCUGGUCGAAGCUUCAAAGGACGGCAUGCUUUUGAGAUGCGACGACAUUGAUGGUCUUUGUGCGAAGAAUCCAACUACGUACCCAGGAUAUCAUCGUGCGACCGAAGACAAAGAAACGGUCAUUUGUGACUUAUUCUACCAGACUAAAAAGCCACUUUCCAGCAUCUGUUUCGAAGGCAAUCUUGUAGAUGUACACCCAAAGCAUUAUGCUGGUGUCGAUAUGCUUCACCGUUACUUACACGUCUCGAUGAUGAACCUAAACGGUUACAUCGCCGAGUUUGCAGAAGACUUGGACGAAAUUGUCGAGUACGCGCAUUCGAACACUACUUAUGCAGUGAGAAACGUUGACAGCUACUUGUACUACAUGGCCGAUGUGUAUAGUUCAUCUGUCAUCGAAGGUGGCUGUUUGGGCAAACUUUAA